CAGAUUUAGGGAGUAGAAGGGCGGCUAUCCACGGGCUGAAUCCCAUGGAGCUGGGCCAGGAAGGGGAGGACACGUCAAGGGAGUGCGGGGAACUCCGAUAAAGGUGUGGUGAUUGGACCUCCCGCUAGUCUCUGGGAACGCUGGAGCGACCCGGAUGCCAGACUUGGGAGAUUUGGACUUGAUUUCUUUUUCGGGUGGUCUAGGAUGUCCGUAGCGAGUUGCGCGGCUCGCAUUGGGUCACAUGGUCACGCGCAAGGGCUCCUCCUAGUGCCUGGCCUCUGGGUGGGUAGAUUCACUUCCCCGCCCAUACGGUGACUGGUUGGGACCUGUCUAACCCUGUGUGGCGGCACCACUGGGAAAAGGCAGAGGAUUAAGGGUUUAGGGUGAAACUUUGCCCUUUCUCCAUUUCACCCUAGCUGUGUAGCGUGGCCGUCCGUAUCACUCGCUUUACUUAGCCCCAUUACUAGUAGUCUUUCAGCAGAUUUGUUUUUAUUUAUUUAUUUAUUUAUUUGGCCGCCGCGGGCGGCAUGUGGGAUCUUAGAUUCCGGACCAGGGAUCAAACCCUUGCCCCCUGCAGUGGAAGCGCCGAGUCCUAACCACUGGAUCGCCAGGGAAUUCCCUCAGGAGAUUUACUUUUAAAAAGUAAUUUCUGCCCCCUUUGUAGUCCCAUCUAUUUAAGAAGGUAAGUGAAGAUUCCAUUAAAUAUAGAUGAGAUUUGCUUUGUUCCUCCUCAGUCGUCAAAGUGCGGUAGCCAGUGAAGUUGAAUGAAGCAUGUGGAGAGCCUCAGCUCCCAUAUGUCCAUUCACAGAGCUACCUUUUGGUGACUCCUGGGCCUAGCUUCGAGUUGCCUAAGCAACGACGUCGCCUGCUCCUCCCCAUGUAUCCUUUUUUGGUUUUAGCUCCUCCUUCCCCGAGUGGCUUGUUGGGCUGGGAUAGCGUGGAGAAAGUGCGGAUGCGAAUACUAAGCGACUGAAUCGAGCCCUUGUGGGGGCGUGGCUUGAGUUCGUGCUAGUUCGCUACUGGCUCCGUGAUCCACCUGGUCCAUCGCCCGGUAUUUUGGUUGGCAGAUUGGUCCCUUGCUUUUGGCAUUUCUUCCUUCGUUCAGUUUUUUAAAAAACUUAAAUCAGGGCUAUAAUAUUCCUUAUGGGCUCCUAUUUUAAUUUUUAAACUUAAAUUGUAUCUUAUACAACGCUAUCCAAAUACAGAGGGUUUUGAUGAAGCUGCAGUCUGCAAACGGAAGGCUAGAGACUAACCAUCAAGUGGGGACCGGCUUCGUCUGCAGGCAGAUGAUCCUUUUCCCGUAUCCAUCACCUGUACUCAUAUAUUCAACACAGCUUCUGUCACCUUCCCUCUCAAGUUCUCCAUCUCUUUACUUCUCUCCUUACCAGUUGUCCUAGCCCCGCCAAGCAGAUAUUUUUAUUUCUAUCAACUCCAUUCCCUUCUCCGUGCCUGAGCUCGUGACGAAUGUGUGAGAGCCUAAACGUUAGUUAUCUAGAUUAAAGCGGGGAGGCGGGGUGGGGGUGGGGGCUCAGGUUCGCGCUUGCGCGCUGCUCUGGGAGACGGCGUCCACCUCGCCCCGCCCCUCGUAUUCUGCAGUUCCGGCUCUGCAGAUUCACUGCUCACGUUUCUUUUUCCUGUGGCUCUUUCUGCCUUUUGUUUACACCCUUUAACAACGCACGAGACAACUCUACCUGGAAAUAACUUAAAUUGAUUUUCUGCUUUUCUGGGUACUCGGCGGGCUCACCGGCCCUUAACGAAAGUGCGGCUGCGAACGAGCAGGCGCGCACGGGGCUCGGGGGAGGCGCGCUCGAGCUCCCGGCGGCGACGACUACGACGACCAGGAGAGCGGACAGAGGCGGCGCCUGAAGCAGUGGCUGAGCCCAUGCCCCGGGACGGCGGGAGGGCCCGGAGAGACAAGUUCGGGGCCCGGGGCAUGUCCCCAGGGCCCCCGUGAGGAGGCGGCGGCGGCGAUGGAGGUCCCGCCGCAGGAGGCGCCGCCCGGGCCGGGCGCGGACGGCGAAGCCGAGGAGGCCCCCGCCGAGGCCCCAUCUCCCAGUCCCGCAUCGCCCCCGGCCGACGGGCGCCUCAAGGCUGCGGCCAAGCGCGUCACGUUCCCGUCCGACGAAGAUAUCGUGUCCGGAGCUGUGGAACCCAAAGACCCCUGGAGACACGCCCAGAACGUGACUGUGGAUGAGGUCCUCGGUGCCUACAAGCAGGCCUGCCAGAAGCUAAACUGCAGGCAGCUCCCCAAGCUCCUCAGGCAGCUCCAGGAGUUCACGGACCUCGGGCAUCGUAUUGACUGUCUGGACCUGAAAGGUGUGUGUCUGGACGGGGCCGGGGGGCCUUUGGGUAGCGGGCAGGGAGGCGUGGGCGCCCCUCCUGAGGUGAGGCAGGUGCUGCGAGCCGUGGGGAGGUGCGUGGGGAGGGGCAGAGGACCUUUCCUCCCCCGCUUGGCCCGGAGCCCGUGUUUCCACCCAGCCCCUCACCCCACUCGCGAGCGUGCACGCACAAGGGGAAUCGUAGAUGUGCACACACGCGGCGUCCGUGCCGUCCCAGGUGAGAAGCUCGACUACAAGACCUGCGAGGCCCUGGAAGAGGUCUUCAAGAGGCUGCAGUUCAAGGUCGUGGAUCUGGAGCAGACGAACCUGGACGAAGACGGUGCCUCGGCGCUCUUCGACAUGAUCGAGUACUACGAGUCGGCCACCCACCUCAACAUCUCCUUCAACAAGCACAUCGGCACCCGGGGCUGGCAGGCCGCUGCCCACAUGAUGCGCAAGACGAGCUGCCUGCAGUACCUGGAUGCCCGCAACACGCCCCUGCUGGACCACGCGGCGCCCUUCGUGGCGCGCGCCCUGCGUAUCCGCAGCAGCCUGGCGGUGCUGCACCUGGAGAACGCCAGCCUGUCGGGGCGGCCCCUCGUGCUGCUCGCCACGGCCCUGAAGAUGAACAUGACUCUGCGGGAGCUGUACCUGGCCGACAACAAGCUCAACGGCCUGCAGGACUCGGCCCAGCUGGGCAACCUGCUCAAGUUCAACUGCUCCCUGCAGAUCCUGGACCUCCGUAACAACCACGUACUGGACUCAGGUCUGGCCUACAUCUGCGAGGGCCUCAAGGAGCAGAGGAAGGGGCUGGCGACCCUGGUGCUGUGGAACAACCAGCUCACGCACACGGGCAUGGCCUUUCUGGGCAUGACGCUGCCGCACACACACAGCCUGGAGACGCUGAACCUGGGCCACAACCCCAUUGGAAACGAGGGCGUGCGGAACCUCAAGAACGGCCUCAUCGGCAACCGCAGCGUGCUGCGCCUCGGCCUGGCCUCCACCAAGCUCACGUGCGAGGGCGCGGUGGCGGUGGCGGAGUUCAUCGCCGAGAGCCCCCGCCUCCUGAGACUGGACCUUCGGGAGAACGAGAUCAAGACGGGCGGGCUCAUGGCACUGUCGUUGGCCCUCAAGGUGAACCACUCUCUGCUGCGCCUGGACCUUGACCGCGAACCCAAGAAGGAGGCGGUGAAGAGCUUCAUCGAGACGCAGAAGGCGCUGCUUGCUGAGAUCCAGAACGGCUGCAAGCGCAACUUCGUGCUGGCGCGGGAGCGGGAGGAGAAGGAGCGGUGCCUGCAGCCGUCGGCGUCCAUGCCAGAGAUCUCGGCCACCGAGCCCCAGCCAGACGACGACGGGCCCGGGCAGGAGCCCGCCGCCGAGGCGCAGGAGAAUGGGGCCCCCGGCCCCGGCGCCGGGCCGGACUCGGACUCGGACUCGGACUCCGAGGGGGAGGAUGGGGAGGAGGAGGAGGAUGGGGAGAGGGCUGAGGCCCCCUGCCCCGCCCUGGUGCCCCCCACAGACUCCCUGGGCCCUGGGGACAGGAGCCCCCCAGGCUGCCCCUCCUCCCCCACUGAGCAGCGCAUUUCCGUGUCCAGCCCGGGCCGGGGCCACAAAGUGUUUGUGGUGACCCGGGUGGAGAGCCCACCCGAGAGGGCAGAGCCUCCUGUGCCACCCGCCUCUCCUUCCCCACCUGCCCCUCCUUGUCCUCCCUCCCCACCUGCCUUAUCCUUCCUGCCCACCUCACCUGGCCGGACGCCAGCUGAGGCCGUCAACACUCGGGACCCAGGGCCGUCUGAGCCGCAGCCGCAGCCGCAGCCGCAGCCGCAGCCGCAGCCGGAGCCGGAGCCGCCCCAGUCAGGGCCGCCGCUGCCCAACGGCCUGAAGCCCGAGUUCGCUCUCGCACUGCCCCCGGAGCCGCCCCCAGGGCCCGAGGCCAAGGUGGGCAGCUGUGGCCUGGAACACGAGCUGAGCUGCUCCAAGAACGACAAGGAGCUCGAGGAGCUGCUUCUGGAAGCCAGUCAGGAAUCUGGGCAGGAGACACUGUGACACUUUAGUUCCCUUCUUCCGGUCCGUCUUUGAAGAGCUGAGGCCAGAGCCAUGAGAAUCUGCUCACCCUCACCCCCAGCCUUCCUGAGGCCUGGGACCCCAGCGGGUGGGGGGCCUUCCUGGGGACCCCUGUCCCCCACAGCAACACUACAUGGGGCGCAGGAGCUACAGGGAGUGGCCCUCCCCGCCUUGACUUAAGCACUUCUAUUUAUGUGUCCGACACUCUCGAAGACUGGGCUGGGGGUGGAUGGGAGGAUGACGGG